UGGCCUCUUCCUGCUGGUGUCCAACACACAAAUUUUCCGAAUAGUGUUCAGCAGUUGACUCUGCAAUAGAACAGAUACAAGAUGGAGGAAUCAUACAAAGACAGGACUUCAUUAGUGAAAGGAGCAAAAGAUAUUGCCAAAGAGGUAAAGAGGCAAGCUGUGAAAAAAGUGAAUAAAGCUGUUGACAAAGCUCAGGAUGGCUACACACAGAGGUCCUACAGUCGAUUCCAGGAUGAGGAAGAUGAUGAUGAUUACUAUGUCCAAGGAGGAAAUUAUGGUGUGGAAGCUAAUGAUGAUGAAGGAUCAAGUGAAGCAACUGAAGGACACGAUGAAGAUGAUGAAAUUUAUGAAGGGGAGUAUCAGGGAAUCCCCAACAUGGGGCAGGGCAAAGAUGGCAUGGUAGCCUUAGGGCAACUUGUGCGUGAUGAGUAUAAAGAUCGUCAUGAACUGGAAACAGAAAGGAAAGCUGAUGAAGAAGAAUUAGCACAGCAGUACGAACUGAUAAUACAAGAAUGUGGCCAUGGUCGAUUCCAAUGGGCCCUUUUUGUUUUGGGAAUGGCUCUAAUGGCUGAUGGAGUGGAAGUUUUUGUGGUUGGAUUUGUGUUGCCCAGCGCUGAGACAGAUAUGUGUAUACCCAAUUCUGGAUCAGGAUGGCUUGGAUGGAGUUUCAGCAUGGGAUCUGCUUAUCAGUUUCACAGUUGGAGAGUAUUUGUGAUCGUCUGUGCAUUGCCCUGUGUCUCUUCUGUGGUAGCCCUCACCUUUAUGCCAGAAAGUCCACGGUUCUUGUUGGAGAUUGGAAAACAUGAUGAAGCUUGGAUGAUACUCAAGCAAAUUCACGACACAAACAUGCGAGCUCGUGGUCAGCCUGAGAAAGUCUUCACAGUUAACAGAAUUAAAACUCCAAAGCAGAUAGAUGAACUCAUAGAAAUAGAGAGUGAUACUGGAACUUGGUACAGGAGGUGUUUUGUUAGAAUUCGCACAGAGCUAUAUGGUAUUUGGUUGACUUUCAUGAGAUGCUUCAACUACCCAGUGAAGGACAAUACAAUCAAGCUCACAAUUGUGUGGUUCACCCUGUCUUUUGGCUACUAUGGCUUAUCUGUCUGGUUUCCUGAUGUCAUUAAACACCUUCAGUCAGAUGAGUAUGCAUCCCAGGUGAAAUUUUUCCGCAACGAGGAGGUUUCAAAUUUUGUCUUCAACUUUACACUGGAAAAUCAAAUUCACAGCAGCGGAGAAUACAUCAAUGACAGGUUCGUCAUGAUGAAGUUUAAAUCAGUAACCUUUGAAGAUUCACUUUUUAAGAACUGUGUGUUUGAAGACAUAACUUCCCUGAAUACAUACUUCAGGAACUGCACUUUUGUGAAUACCACCUUCUACAACACAGAUCUCGAGCAAUAUAAAUUUGUUGACAGUGAUUUUAUAAAUUGCACGUUUUUUCACAUCAGGACAGGAUGCCAGAUUUCCUUUGAUGAUGACUAUAGUGCCUACUGGAUUUAUUUUGUUAAUUUUCUGGGAACGUUGGCAGUGUUACCAGGGAACAUUGUGUCUGCUCUUCUGAUGGAUAGAAUUGGACGUUUAACAAUGCUAGGUGGUUCCAUGGUUCUCUCUGGCAUAAGCUGUUUUUUCCUGUGGUUUGGGACCAGUGAAUCCAUGAUGAUAGGUAUGUUGUGCCUCUACAAUGGCCUCACCAUCUCAGCCUGGAACUCUCUUGAUGUCAUUACUGUAGAGCUGUAUCCUACAGACAGAAGGGCAACCGGCUUUGGCUUUUUGAAUGCACUAUGCAAAGCCGCAGCUGUACUUGGAAACUUGAUAUUUGGUUCCCUUGUUGGUAUCACCAAAGCAAUCCCUAUUCUCCUUGCUUCUACUGUUCUAGUAUGUGGAGGUCUGGUAGGACUUCGACUUCCUGACACAAGAACCCAGGUGUUGAUGUAACAGGAAAAAGCCAUUUUCUGUUUCUUUUUUCUUUGUACAAAUGUCAGGUCUCCUGUUUGGUGGUGCAGAGGCUUCAGAUUAUUAAUGCUUAGUUGAGAGUUCAGAUGGCAGAAACCAAACACAGAUGUGUUGAGUGGCAGAAAUCUA